CGCUGCUCCCUCCUCACCGGCCGCCGCUCGCCCUUCUCCGACCGCCGCUCGCAGCGCAUCUAGGGGUAGUAUAGCUUGGAGUAGAGCACCCGCGAUGGAUGGAGACGGCUUCGACGUUUGGGGUUCGCAGCCAUCGGCAAGCGGCCCUGCUACCCAUGCCGGUCUCGACCUCAACUCGCAAGCACCGGUGUUGGAGGGGUUCCCGGGGCUUGGGCUCUACGGAGCCUUCCUCCAGAGCGAUGAUGACGAGCUCCUCCCUGGGCGCGUCAGGGGCUCCGGGCUCCCUCCCUAUCGCCCACCCUACGCCCGGCGACUGAACUUCGGCGGCUCCUCGGCGGCGGCAGCCGGUCGCGGAGGACGAAACGGUGGCGUGUUCCUUGGCGGGUCGUCGUCGGGGGCAGGCGGCGGUGUUCGGCAGCGCGCCAACUCGGCCGCCGCGGCACCCAGCCGCCGUAACCAGCGCACUGGCACGGCGUUCAGUGGCGGCAACGUUCGGCAGCCAACACUAAGCAAAUGCAGAAACGUGCAAAUGAGAAGGUUGCAUUUUCUGUGAAGAGGUGUCAGGAGCUGGCAUUUGAGUGCGGUGUUCAGCAAAUGGUUGACUCUGUCUAUGCUAUGUCCAAGAUGUUCGAAACGGAGUACCAAAGGGAGUUCUUUUGUGGCCAAUUAACUCCUGAGCUUAGGUUGGGUUACUUCAAGAAAUGGUGCAGAGACAACAAUUUGGAGUAGUUGGGAAGUGUGUGUUAAGAUGUUGAACCUAUUUAAAUUGUUGUAUGUUGAACCUGUCAUGUGUUUGUGAGGCGUUGAACUAUUAUUUGUGUUGAACCUAUUUUGUUUUAUCUGCGGGCCGAAUUAAUUUCAUUUGCUUACAUUCCUUCAAGUUUUAUGCUAUGUGUUGACGAUUUGGUACAUGUGUUGAAGCAGGAAGAAGAUCAUGUCCCCAUGACUGAGGAAGAAGAAUAUGAUGGAGGUAGCACAAGUGAGGAUGAGAUCAUAUCCAUGUGCCGCAACAAUUUGGUGCAGUCCGAGAAUUUAAUCUUGAAGUUGGUUCCUAUCUUGGGUAUGUACUCUGAUAACUACUUUGUGAAACUACCUAGGAGGGUCAGUGGAUAUUCUGGUUUGGAUUGGGUGCAGGAGACACUAGCCCGAGAUACCCAAUGCUAUAACAUGUUUAGGGUUGAGAGACCUUUGUUUAAUAGGCUACAUAAUACUUUGGUGCAAUCAUAUGGCUUGAAGUCCACUACAAAAAUGACAUCUGUAGAGGCUCUAGCUAUGUUUUUAUGGAUUGUUGGAUCACCACAGUCAGUUAGACAGGCUGAGAACCGUUUCAGAAGGUCUAUGGAGACAGUAAGUAGGACAUUUAAUAGAGUUUUGG